AUGGACAAACCAAAGCAACAAGCUGAUAUUGGUCGGUCUUACAACUUGGAAAUAAAAGAUGAACUUGAUAUUGACGAAUUCGACAUUCCCGAUUUCGUAAACAUAAAAGAAAUAGGGGACAUCGGCGAAGAUAUGGGAAGAAAAUCGAACAACGACAAUGAUUUCGCUAGCACUUUAUCCGCCGACACAUAUCCAUCUCAAUACAUCAUCAGUGAGGAAAAUACGAAAAAUUUUGAAUGCAUCGUGUGUCAUAAACUAUAUAAAUCUCAAACAACUUUGAGACGCCAUCAGAACAUUCACACAAAGGCAAAGGACUGUCACGUUGGUAAAAUUCAACAGUUUUUCGAUGAAUUAAAGGGAGAAGUAAAAAUCGAAGACCACGACUUGGCUGAACUCGUAAAAUUGGAACGGGAAGCUAAUUACAUUGAUAAACUCAAAGACCCCAAAAGUGUGCUUGUAGAAGAAAAGCUAUGUAGAUGUGAGAUUUGCCACAAAACUUUUGUGAGCGCCAACACGUUAAAACACCAUUUGAUCGUUCAUUCAAGCGAACGUCCGUUUAAAUGCGACAUUUGUGAUCUAACGUUUAAACGUAAAGCAUAUUUAAACAUUCAUCGAAAUAAGCAUACGAAACAAAGACAAUAUAGAAUUAACGGUAGUUCAGAACUGUUGGUCGAUGUAAAGMAGGAAAUCAAAAUCGARGAACUGGACUGGGYCCAAGAGGUAAAAGUUGAAGUGGAAUCCGAUGAUCAAARCGUUUGYCAAGAUGACCUUUUAAAGRCAUUCAAAUGCAGUGUUUGUAGCAAAACAUUUGCACGUGUGAAACAACUGAAAGCUCAUUUGAUAAUCCAUUCCGAGGAACGCCCUUUUGAAUGCGAAUUUUGUGAUAGAAAGUUUAAGCAAAAACGGGCUUUAAGUAGUCAUCGUAACAGACAUACGAAGGAAACGCAAUGUCAAAUUAACAAUGGCCCAGAGCUUUUGGUUAAUAUAAAGGAAGAAAUCACAAUCGAAGAACACCACUUGCUGGAAGAGCUGACUAUUUUUAUUUGUAGAUGUCAAAAGAACAAUAGUUCAAAGCUACUGGUUGAUAUAAAAGAAGAAAUAAUAAUAGAGGAAUACCAUCUAAGCGAAAUGGUUAAAAUUGAAAUGGACACCGAUGACGAAACCAUUCAACAAAAUACCCUUCUAAACGCAUCGCCAUCUUCAUUCAAAUAUCAAAUUAAAGACAGUAUAGAGCUGCUGGUGGAUAUAAAAGAAGAAAUGAUAAUCGAGGAAUACCAACUAAACGAAAUGGUUAAAAGUGAAAUGAACACCGAUGACGAAACCAUUCACCAAAAUACCGUUCUAAACUCGCCGCCAGCUUCAUUCAAAUCUCAAAUUAAAAACAGUAUAGAGCUGCUGGCGGAUAUAAAAGAAGAAAUCGUAAUCGAGGAAUACCAACUAAACGAAAUGGUUAAAAGUGAAAUGGACACCGAUGACGAAACCAUUCACCAAAAUACGGUUCUAAACUCACCGAGCGCUUCGUUAAAGUUGCAACUUAACAAUAGUUCAGAGCUGCCCGUUGAUGUCAUAAAAGAAGAAAUCACAAUCGAGGAACACCACCUAAGUGAAGUGGUUAAAUGUGAAAUGGAUGCCGAUGACCAAAGCAUUCACCAAAAUACCCUUCUUAACUCACCCUCAACUUCAUUGAAGUGCAAUUUCUGUGGCAGAACAUUUGCACCUGGUUUAUUUUCUGAUAUGAGCACUCAGACAAACGCCCUUUUCAAUGUAAUCUGUGUAGUUUAUACUUUAAGCAUAAAAGGCAUUUACCGAACUAUCAAAAUUGACAUAAGAAUGCGAAUUAGUAGAAGACUAUUGCUAUACAGUAAAAUAAGGGCACUGAGACCUUAUUUGGCUGAAAGGAAGAAGAUCUGA